UGGAGAAUUUAGUGAAGCCUAUCCCACAAGUGGGUGACAGUUCUCAACUGGAGAGGGGUGUGUUCUGGACAAGGAAUACAUCUGCUUUAGGAAACUUAUGCUCAGCAAAGGCUUCCAAGUCUGACUCCAAGAGGAUUUGACAUCUCACUGAAGCAGUCUUAAACCCUUGAAAAGUAGACACUGUGUGAUGGCUGCGCUUCCAUGGGACGUCUUCAUCUUUUUUGCAUUACCGGCGCUCACAGCUCAGGCUUUUCCCCAGACAGAGAUUAAACUCAGUCAAGCGUUUACUGAUGUGAGCCAGCCAUUCGCCUGCCCUCUGUUUUGGACCGAAUACAAUGGGAACUGCUACAGGUUUUUCCCAAUGAAUAAAACAUGGGCAGAAGCAGACUUUUACUGUGCAGAGUUUUCGCUCGGCAGGACAACUGCCAAAUUAGUUUCUAUCCACAGCUGGGAUGAAAAUAUUUUUGUGUUUGAUCUUGUGAACAGCCAAGUCCCUGGAAUACCUACAGAUAUAUGGAUAGGAUUAAGUGACAGAAGACAGGAAGGAGAGUUUGAGUGGACAGAUGGAACAACAUAUGACUAUAAUUACUGGGAUGGAAAUCAACCAGAUGAUGCCACAAACAGUAGUCCAGAAGAUGAGGACUGUAUACAGAUUUGGUAUAGAUACUACAGCGCUCUGAGGUCUUGGAAUGACAACAGCUGCAGUCGUGAGUUUCCCUUUGUCUGCAAGAUUCCAUCUAUGGCACACAUGUGACCACGCUGCUGCUACCCUCAACCUUAGAAUUUUGUGCAAAUGUUUACUCCACAAAAUCGUACAUGAUAUAACCUUCCCUUUCUGACUGAAGAAAAAGUUGCUACCUAGUAUUGUCUUGGUCACUUUAUGGAAGGACUUUCCCGAAAGCAAUUUCCAGGGUAUAGGAGAAGAAUUAAGCCCAUAGUCAACAUUGAUGUUAAUGUAACAGUGAUUAAGUCAUUCCCACUGAAAGUUCUAAUGUUUUAAUUAGGAAAAUGUAGUAUUUCUUAAAGACAGAAUGUAAAUGGGUAUGGUUAAGCACUUCACAUGGAUUUCUGUAUCUUGGUGUAAAAUGAUGGGAAGUAAGUUUGGUGCCAUUUGUCCAGAUUUACAAGUCUUUAUAGUGGAUCUAAGCCCUAACUGGAUUUCACUUGAAGUACAGCUGUCCCCAUACUAUGGGCAUUAAGGCCUCAUGCACACUGGACAUUAUUAAAAAGCCAGUAGCGUUAGCUGUAGAAUGAGUUUUGCAGCAUUGUGGCUGUAUCGCUUUCCGCAUUUUUUCGUGUUUUUUUUGCAAAACCAUACUCCCACAAAAGCUUAUGGCUCAAAAAUGCAGAAUAGCUGAGUAUUCGGCAUUUUUAAGCUUUUAUGAGAGUUAGUGCGUGUUUACAGCUGGAAAAGCUCCUCUUCAAACUCACUAGUUUUAGGAGGGGGUUCCAGCCUAGGAUAACAUGCUGGGGAGUUUACUGGCUGUAAAAAUGUGCAGUGGGCAUGAGGCCUGAAUGUUUCACAUAGUUUUAACAAACAGUAAAAUAGCUGUAUUAACAAGCCGUGCAUGACCUCUUUAGGUGCUUUUUAUAUGAAGGAAUUGAGCCUUAAAGGUCAUAACAAGGGUUCUAAACUUCGGUCUCAGUCAGAUUCUUGCAGCUUAGAAACACAUUUUAGUUGUUUACAUUAGAGUACUGGCAGGCUGCCAACAUACUUUCUUAUAGAAAAAAAACUAACAUUUCAAUGCUUGCUUUGUGAACUUUGAAAAUGUAUUUCUUUACAAUGCUAAUAGAUGCUAAGGUGAAUGAGGGCAUGUUUUAAAGUGUUUUUACUGACUAUUCAUAUUAUAUAAAUAAUUUAAUGUGCAGGAUCUGGGCACUGGUUCACUUUAAGCAAUUUGUAUGAUAAACAAUUACCAUUUUUUUUUUAAAUACUGUGUUAGUUCAGUGUUGCUGAUCUCCUCUAACCUCUUUAAACAGCUUUCUAUAUACCUGUUCUUAAUCCUUAUACAUCUUUUCUCUGGAUGCAAUUACUGAAAAGGCGAAAAUUGGGCCAUGCUUGUCCAAUGUGUGUCAGCACAGCAACUUGUAGUGUACACCAGGGGCGCAUGCAACACAGUGACAUUACCACAUGGGAACACAGUUGGGAGACAGUUAUCAAUCCAUAACAAAAAGUUCCUGCCUAUGGAUGGACCUUCAUGGUAGGAUUAACAGCCAUUUUGGUAAUGAAAGCUGCAGGUUUAAAAGAUUAAAAACAACAAUUGAAAUUGCAUUAAUAUAUAAUGCUUUUAUGAUAUAUAUAGUGUUUCAGAUCUACAUUAAAGUUAACCAAACACAGUAUAAGUUCAUAUUUAUAGCAUAUAGUGCCUAAAUAUCUGGACUUACAGAUCUUUUAUGGUCUUUGCUAAACACAAGUUCUACUUUUUUAAUAUUAUAUGCAAAGUUUGAAUUGCCCACAUUUUUUUUAACAUAUCUACUUAAAAUCAAAGUAUGUUUAGAAGAAUUUAUAAUAGGACUAUUAAGCAAGAUUACUAGAAAAAGAUGUGCAUAUAUGGAAGGAGCAUCAGACCAAAAUGUUAAAGAAUCCAACUUAA